AUGGGCUGCUGUGGUUGCGGAAGUUGUGGUGGCUGUGGCGGUGGCUGUGGCGGUGGCUGCGGUGGUGGCUGCGGUGGUGGCUGCGGUGGUGGCUGCGGCGGUGGCUGCGGCGGUGGCUGCGGUGGUGGCUGUGGCAGCUGCAACAGCUGCAGAUGCUACCGGGUGGGCUGCUGCAGCAGCUGCUGCCCCUGCUGCUGCGGCUGCUGUGGGGGCUGCUGCAGCGUCCCCGUGGUCUGCUGCCACCGCCGCACCUGCAGCUGCCACUCGUGUGGGAAGGGCUGUUGCCAGCAGAAAUGCUGCUGCCAGCAGAAGUGCAGCUGCCAGAAGCAAUGCUGCCACUAG